GCCGCCGGCGAGGCCAGUGAAGCUGAGCUGGAGCUGGAGCGGCCGUUCCCCCUGUUUGCGGAGCCUCCGAGCAGAUUUUAAGAAGAAAUUGGCUUAAAUCCGGGGGCUCCGGGCUCGAGGGGGACACCGCCAGGGGAUGAGCGGGUGGAGAGCAGAGGAGUUCUCCGUUUCUGUUUAGGCUGAAAGUGGUGUGGAGGGCGCGCCUCUGAUCGCAGGAGACCGGAGUAGCAAGAGUUUGGGCAUCUGCAGAAGGGAGUGCAAAGCCAGGGCGAAGGCCGUCCGGAGCGGGGUUGGGAUCUAGCGAGCUGGCAACCAUGAAUGAAUGGAUGAAGAAGGGCCCCUUAGAAUGGCAAGAUUACACGUACAGAGAAGUCAGAGUGACUGCCAGCGAGAAGGAGUAUACGGGAUGGGUUUUAACCACAGAUCCAGUCUCUGCCAAUAUUGUCCUCGUGAACUUCCUUGAAGAUGGCAGCAUGUCCGUGACCGGAAUUAUGGGACAUGCUGUGCAGUUUGUUGAAAUUGUGAAUGAAGGAGACGAUGGAGUAAGAGCGAAAUUGAUGCAUUUGUUUAUGUCUGGAGACUGCAAAGCAUACAACCCUGAGGAUCUGGAAAAGAAAAAGAACAGCUUAAAGAAAUGGCUCGAGAAGAACCACAUUCCUAUCACUGAACAGGGUGAUUUGCAAAGGACUCUCUGUGUGGCUGGGGUCCUGACCAUAGACCCCCCAUAUGGUCCAGAAAAUUGCAGCAGUUCUAAUGAGAUUAUUUUGUCCCGUGUUCAGGAUCUUAUUCGAGGACAUCUUGCAGCUUCCCAGUGAGAGACUGAGAACUAUAGAUGUGUUGAUUGAAAAGAUAUCUUUUUUUCCAAUACAAUGUAUUGAAUGUUAAGUCCAUUUUAUUAUAGGACUUUAAAGGCACAUGAUAUGUAUGUUUUGGGAAAAUGAAAGAUAUGGGUUAUGAAUGUUACUAAGUGAGCUGGGUGAAGAAUGGUCUCAGACAAAACAAAAUUAGUACAGGGACAUCAGAAUUUUAAGUGUCUUCUUUUGAUGGGGCAUAUACCUCCAUUUUUAUUAGACAAGGAGUAUAUUUAGAAAAUAUGCAAUGUUAGAUUCAAUAUAAAAUGACUAAAUCUCUUGCAUCCACUGUGUCUGUUUUAAAAUGCUUAUUUAUUGGUGUAAUGGUGAAAUAGUUUUUUGAAUCAGAAUAUAUUCUUGGCAAGUUGAAAUUUGAAAAUUUUGCCUGUUGGUAAAAUCUUGAGACAUCUUUAUAACUUUCAAGACCUUGAAAGUGAGCACUGGCAAAUCUCUCUGAGGAAAAAGAUGGCACAGGUACUCUCCUGUUAAACUCAACCCAGUUCCUUUGCCUAGUGGACUUCUAGUAGUGCCACUGCCUGUGGAAGCCAUUCCCCAGGUUGGGCUUCACUGAGUGAAGAGUCAGGAAAUCCACUUCGUUGCAGCUGGUCCUCUCUAAGCCAGUCAGGGGACAGGACUCUAUAUGGAGGGUUCUGAACUAAAAAGCACUAACAUGCUUGAUGGUCUUUUCGGGGGCAUGUCGAGUGGCAUCAGAUUAGAAUCCUGAGCCCCUCACUAGGACAGGGGUCUAUAAACUUCUGGUCCCUGGAACAAAUAGAGCUGCUGCUGCCACUUGCUAAAACUUUAUUGGAACGUACCCUUCCUACUGAUUUAUGUAUUGUUCAUGGCUGCUUUCAUGCUGUAAUGGCGGAGCUGAGUAUUGUGACAGAAACGAUUCGAUUUAAUUUACAGGAAAAUAUGUCCCUUUACAGAAAAAGUGUGCCCUGGGACAUACAUGAACUAGCUUGGUCUGCCAGGAGUGAGGGCAGACUUCUGGACAGGCCCCACCCACUUCUCCCUGUCUUUGCACAAGAGAUGAGCUUUCUUUCCAUUCUCUCAUGUAUGUCCCUUGGAACUUAUAUGAAAAGAGAAUUAGUACUUUUGCAAAGAUAAUACUUUUAAAUAUUCAGGCUUUAGGGAGUCAGUGAUGCGGUUUGGUAACAGCUAAAUUAUUUUCCUGCAUUGUCUAGUAACAGGAUGUAGCUCAAUUCUUCUAUUUUAAGAAACACUGGAGUCAGAGACUGUAAGACAUUACUGAGUUGGGACCCAGGAAUUUUCAUUUCUAACACAUUCGCAGAUAAGGUGAUGCUACAAUUCCCAGGCCACGCUUGCAAAAGCAGUGUAGAAACUGGAGGAGCAAAAAGGCUCUUUCUUCACAGCUUUGAAGUUCCAUAAUCCUAAAAAUAAAAUUUAGCACAUGGUCUUGUUCUUGUGACUCUCCAAAUGUUGGACUAUCUUCAGAAAGCAAAUGAGAGAAGGGGAAUAAGAAAUUAAAUUUAGCAUGGAAAUAAUUCUGACAAAAUGAAGGCGGUCUUGAGAAGAGAGAAGCCAUGUGGGAAACUUGGCUUGGGUUUUAGCCCAGGGACAGGUGCAUUGGUGUUGGUAGAAUUAUUUGCUGUCAGACUAAUGAGCUGAGGAAGGAGACUGUUUCUUGGUAACUGAAUCCCUCUGAUUGUUUAAUUUGCCUGCAAACAAAACCUGAGUGCUGGAGAAGGCAAAUGAUCUAAUUUUGCCAUAGAAACCUGCCUGCUUAGGGAGUACCCCCUCCCAGUGCCCCCCUAACUCUUCAGUUAAGAUUCUCCCCAGGAGUUUGAACUCACCUGUUUGAGAUCCCUCUGGUUCCAGAUUCCCGAGAGCGAUUUGUCCCCAUAGCUGGCUCUGCCCCAUACAAGCUGGAGUGGUAUCCAGGGCAGUCUUUGAACAUGGUUGGUAUCAAGAAUAAGUUUCAAAAUAAAAAGCUGGUUAUGACUUUCAUUGACUUUUUUGGUUUCCUCGGAACAGUUUCCAAUCUUUGCACUGAUUUCUUGCUAUCCCAAUGUUCAUUUGAUUUCCUGAAUCUCUACUUUCUCCUAAAAAUGUUAUGGCUGAAAUGGAUUUUUUAAUGCAUUAAAAAAAUUACUAAUGAACAAUUACAAUCCUUUAAUAAUUGUUUUAUCUGAUAAGAAGCAAUGGAAAGUUUAUGCCUUUUGAAGUAGUUUCUAGAAUGUCAGGUAGUUGUCAGGGUUACAAAAUUUUGAGAGAAAUCAGAGCAAUGAAAGGCUAAUUACAACAUAUACACUUUAAAAAAUUUUAUUUUUUAUUGUGGUAACGGUAUACAACACUGUAUGAUUCAGAGUAUAGGAUCACACUUCUUGAGAUGUAUGUUACCACAUCACAGCCACCACCAGGGCACCAAGCCACCAUAGAUCAAUGGGUCUCCUCCACCUCCCAUCCUCAUCUGGAAGCCUCAAUUUUACAGCCAUAUUUCUAGGGUUUAUUUUGGUUUGAUUUUGUCUGUCUUCUCUAUAUUCCUCACAAAUCAUUUGAUAUUUGUUUUUCUUCUCAUUUAGUUUGCUUAGCAUAAUCCCUUCCCUCCAGCUCUAAUCAUUUCAGUAAGUAUUUAGUUUUAUUGCCAAAUAGAAUUCUUUUUUUUAAAAGAUUAUUUAUGCAUAGAGGAACUGGGGUGCAGGCGGUAAUAGGAUUCACCAGAGACAGAGUGGGGAACAGAACAGCAGAUCUACUGAAAUACACUGUUAAGGGCAGCAGCAGGCAAGACAGGAGAGAUCUGCUGUGCCCUGUGGGUUAGCUCCCUGGCCCGGGAUCAAACGCAGGCCAUUGUGGUGGGCCUUCAAGGUGGUAGUGCUGACACUUAACCAAUAGGCCACCAGGGAGGCCCCAGAAUUGUCUUCUUAAAAAAACCCAAACUAUUGAGGUAUAAUUGACUUAUAAAAAGGUAUACAUAUUUAAUGUUUACAACUUGAUGAGUUUGCGGAUAAGUGUACAUGUGUGAAACAAUCAUCACAAUCUAUGCUAUAAACAUCCAUCACCUAAAUCUUCUGCCCUCUGAUAUACAAUUGAUUUUAUUAUUCAAACAAUAUUAAAGGAUUUUCUUACAUUAAAAAAUUAUUCCUGUACCUGUACAUGCCUUAUACUAUUGCAUAUUAAGUUUUCACAUAAUAGUAAUUAAUGCGUC